UUUUAUCAACCCUCUGAUGUAUAAAAUUUCAUAAUAGAAUACAGUAUUGAAUUGCAGUAUACUUUAAUUAACAAUCCUUAAUUUCAUACUUAAAUGAUAUCACACCGUCUGUAAUUACCUGAAUAGUUCACCUAUUUCUAGAGAAAAAUGCAUAAAACGUGUGUUUGGUUAUUAAUACUUGCAAUAUUGAGUGCUUGCACAUGUGGAGGUCGUACAGAGUGCGGAAAGAAACGAAGAAUCACACUUUUAACAAGUAUUCACAAUGAUCUCAACUGUGAAAAAUUAUCUCAUAAAGGUGUUAUGACUUACGAGGCUGCCAAAUAUAUUGUCGAAAUGCACAAUAACAAAACAAAUAAUUCAAAAAUCGAUGUUACCAUUUUGGAUACAUGUGAUAGUGUUUCUGGAGCGAUGAAAGCAACGAUGAAAGCGUUAGUAUGGUCCGAUAUGGAUUGCUUAAGACCGCCAUUUUACUUCGGGAUGAUUGGCCCCUACUCCGCAUUGAACGUCGAUGCCGUUCAGAAGAUCACAUCCACACUAAAUAUCCCACAUAUAGUAAAUACAAAUAUAAUUUCCCCUUAUGUACACAAUCUCGACAGAGAAUCCGAUUUUCCCAUGAUUCAUGCAAUCUUGGGGAUAAUUGACACAUUAAAAUGGAAGACAUUUAGUUUGAUCACAAGUACUUAUGGAAGCAAUGAAGAUGAUCUACAACACAUUGCGAAAAAGGUGACCAUGGGCGCCAUUGCUAGAGGAGUAUGUGUAAUGAUUCAUGACGGAGACGAUGCAGACUUUGGCACUCACAUACUUCACAUUGGAAAACCGAACGAAAAAAUCCUGAUUAUGACAAAUGUGACCAUUUUGAUUGCCAGUGAAGGUAAUGUGAAAAAUCAUGUCAAUCAUUACAGCACGCUGGGUAAUAUAUUUCUUCUGCAAGACUCCAGAAACGAGAUGCCUGAUUUGGAGAACAGGAUUAAGAACUCGAAAUGGUGGACCAGUGCGGAAAUUGGUGAAUAUGAUGCGGAAGAAUUGAGAGAUAUCAGAUGGUUAGAAGAUGCUAUUGAGAUUUAUGUGAAAGCGUUUGACGUAUUAUGUGCGAAACAACAAUGCUCGGAGCUGGUGAAUCCAGCGGAGUGGAACAGUGUUUUAUCAAACGUUAUCGCUACUCAUAAUGCAAAGCUCAAGACAUCCACAAGAAAGUACGACUUCUUAUUCAAAACCCAAUCCAAUAUAUUCGAAAAACUGGCGGAUGUUGAGGUGCGAAACAUCGAGGCUAAAGUUCAUUGGAAUUCGAAUCGUUACGAGACAUUCAGGAAUGUCCUCAUGAACAACGAUGAUAAGAAAUCUGGUUGUGCAACAUCCGUCAGUGGUAUGACCAGUGAAGAUGAAAGCGAUAUAGCUAAAGCUCUAUUUCCUGGGAUCGACGAUCACGAAUGGUGGACAAUGAUAGCUACAGUUGGUGGUGUUGGAGUGUCAAUGUUCGCUGUAGGAAUUUUUGCGGUGUAUGUUGUCAUAAGUAAUAUUCGUGGUCCACGAUCACCAAAAAACAAAUCAAAUAGACGCGAAAGAGACGGAACUAUAAGGAGAAUCGAGAGCGAUCAGGAUCUUCAAGUAGUCACCAGGCCUCACAGACCGGCCAGAGAAAAUCAGAGGCGUGACAGUAGUAGAAGCAUAAGAAGCAAUAUCUCGGAUAAGAGUGUUUGAAGUCUGAAUUAUUUUAUAAUUUAUUCUUUUGUAAAUUCCUAUUAUUAUUAUGUACUGAUAACAUCAAUGAUUCGAAUGAACAGAUGGAGAGUAUAAAUCGCAUGAUUAUGUUGAAUCUGAUAAUGAGAGCAAAACUAGCAUCUGUGAAAAAUGGUAUGGGAUAUCACGUGGUGCUUUUACUGAUGCGCUUCAGCUCAUUCUGUUGAAUUAUUCAAAUUCAAUCUACAUAAUUAUCGAUAUAUAUAAAGGAGAGUUGGGAAACGUAUGUAAUAAAUUAUUUCUCGUUUGUCGACUUCUGAAUGUACAAAUAAUACCUGGUUGAGUGAAAGAAUUCUGAUUACCGCAAAAUCAUAACCAUGAUAUUAUUGCACCCCUCGAUGUGAUUGACGCAAGAAUCAAUCGAGGCAUAAUAAACUAUCUAUAGAAUCAA